GACAGACCCCCAAAGUCCACCUCCGUUGUCCACCCCCUCCCUUCCCCUAUCCCUCCAGCCCCCCUCCUUCCUCCCGCAUGCUGUCAAUUGCCUUCCCAUAAUUCGUUCAAUAUCUACCGAGGAUCUCCCCCCACGGUCCACUCGCAGGGACGUGCCGUACGCGCGCGCAAACCGGGAGACCCAACAUCGCGUUGACCGGUCCCGUCCCAUCUAUCUUUGGCAUUCACGAACCCCACGUCCAAUGCUCUAAUAUCUCUCACGACAGACAACAUGGAAGCCGAGUCGCCCCUCUCAACACCUCAGCCGGACCCGACCCAGAGCGACGCCUCCCCGUCAACAGACAGGAGGAAGUCCGGCCGGGUCACGCGAAAGCCCGAGUUGUAUUCACAGAGAUAUGGCGCCAGCAACGGUGCGACCGCAGGCGGGGCUAAACGCAAGCGCACCACGACUGGCGAUGAUAAUGAUGAUGACGAUGAAGAGAUCAACGAGGACGCGUCCGAGGCUGAAAGCGAUGAGCCCGGCGACGAAGAACCCGACGAAGAGGAGCUGCGCGAGAAGAGACGAGCGGCGCGCAAAGCAGCUCCCAAGAAGCAGUCGUCCGGAUCGAAAGCGAAGCCCAAGUCUCGUAGUGCAAAGAAACCCAAGGUCGCCGGCAACGGACUGCCCAGUCGCCUGGCCCUGCGACCCGCGACUCAUGGGCGGAAGCCGGUCGCGCGUCCCAGGCAGAUGAAGGCCCGGCUCACCAUGGCUGCUCGCGAAGGCGGUCUUUAUGCGGAGGUCUUUGGCAAGGGACGAACCGUUGAGACGGUCGCUGCGGAGUGGCUAACGCAAUAUCAGGAAGCCCAGGACGUUGCAGUGUGCGAUAUGGUGAAUUUCAUGCUGAAAUGCGCGGGAACCGACCUCGAAGUCAAUACUGCCGAUAUUGAAGAUGUCGAUCAUGCACCGGGUCGCGUGGAUGACCUGCAAACUCAGUAUCAUCAACAAGGGAUCUCUGAAUACCCCCUGAUCUCCAGGUCUAGGAAGCUGAGGUCUUUCCAGCCCGUCUUGGAGAGUUUCUUCAUGACCCUGAUACAAACCCUGCACCAUUCCUCUGUUCUAUACACCGAUCCUAAUCUCUUCGAGAACGUCCAAGUCUGGAUCUCUUCCCUCUCUACUUCCAGGUGUCGGCCGUUCAGACAUACCGCCACAGUCAUCUCUCUGGCCACGAUGAACGCUUUUUGUGAUAUAGCUCGCGAGGUCAAUACCACGGUCUCCACCUCCCGCAAACAACUUGAAAGUGAGAAGAAGAAGAGAUCGGUCAACAAGGGUCGAAUCGAUGCUAUCCAAACCGCCAUCGACGAUGGUGAACAGAAGCUAGAGACGAUUGACGAAUACCUGAAGGAUGGGGUGAACGUCGUCUUCGUCCACCGCUACCGCGACAUCGACCCCAUGAUUCGGGCAGAGUGCAUGGCGGCCUUGGGGCGAUGGAUGCGCGCCUAUCGCGAAUUCUUUUUCGAGGGCCAAUUCCUCCGAUAUUUCGGUUGGAUUCUCUCCGACGCCGCCGGCCAAACGCGCGCAGUUGUGGUUGACCAGCUCCGACUUCUCUACGAAAACAAAGACAACAUGGCUGGCUUACGAUCGUUCACCGAGCGUUUCCGCCAGCGGCUAGUUGAGAUGGCUGCCCACGAUGCGGAGAUCGCAGUGCGCACCUCCGCCAUUGAGCUGCUGGAUCUCAUCCGCGAUGCCGGGUUGAUCGAGCCUGCGGAUGUGGACACGGUAGGCAAACUCGUCUUCGACUCCGAACCCCGAGUUCGCAAAGCGGCUGGUCGCUUUUUCGUUGCGAACGUUCAGGAUGUGUUCGACUCCACGAUGGAGGAAAUGGGAGAGGAGGGGAACGAAUUGUUUGGCGACGAAGACGAGGACGACUUCGAGUCGCCGAAGCGCACGUGGAUCAAGUUUAAAUGUCUAGCCGAUAUUCUUCAAGCCUACGAUGAUCUAGAGAACGAGAGCGCGGAAGAGCCCGUGGCUUCCAGAGAUGCCCUUGCGGGGGCUCCCAUGGACACGCGCUUUGUCCUUGCCACGGAGGCCAUUUACCCCCACCUCACUGACCUAGCUCACUGGCAAGCUCUAGCGGGCUACCUUCUCUACGACCACUCCCAGAUCCCCGACGAGCCUAGCGAGGACGAUGCGGCUGCCGUGGUCCGGACAUCGUACAAAAUGCAGGAAGGCCAGGAGGUGAUUCUUCUGGAAGUCCUGUGCUGCGCGGUCAAGCUACGCGUUCUGGAAAUCGCCAAAUCAGACAUUGAUAAAAGGGGCCGGAAGGUCAAGGCCUUGACCGACAAGAUCCCAGAACUGCAGGAAGAGAUUGCGCAUAGUCUGGCGCAGAUUAUCCCGCAGCUCCUGAACAAGUACGGCUCCGUCCCCGAGGCAGCAUUUGCUGUUUUGAGGCUUGAGCAUCUGGUCGAUCUGGAGAAGAUCGAGGAUAUCCAAAAGGAUGCGACGGCUUAUACUACGUUGCUGAACGACAUCAACAAGCAGUUCCUCACGCAUUCGGACCAGGAUGUUCUGGCCGAGGCCAGUGUUGCGUUCAUCCAUGCAAAGAGCUCCGACGACAUGCGCGAGGCGAUGGAAAGUAAGAUCCAGGAGCUCUGGGAUAACACAGUCGAGACCCUCGGUACUCUAUCCCAGAACGAAGAAGUGGCAGAGGGAAGCUCGAUAUCCCCCGCCACACUCAAUGAGCUCAUCAACACAGUGACCCGGAUCUCAAACCUUGCCAGUGUGACGGAUUGUACUCAUCUCCUGGAAUCCAUGCCGUCUGGUCGAGCAAAGGGCAAGAGCACCGGCCUUUCGGAAGCGCCCUUCAACCUCCUGAUGCGUCUGGUGAAACGUGGGUUGCGCGAACCAGAGGGCGACGAGGAUCUGGCCAAGGCGGAAACCGAGUUGGUCACCAACAGUAUCAGGACGCUUUUGUUCUACUUCAUGUGGAAGGUGCAAACUUUAACCACGGCCCUGAACGCAGGGAAAGCCUCGUUCAACACGGCCUACUUUGAGGCGCUGACGAAAGGCCGCGAAAUGUUUAUCGCGACUCUGGUUGCUAUCAUGAAACAGCGCUCGGGACUAGACGACAUGCGGUUUUGCGCAGCUACGACUCUCCUAGACCUCCAGACUUUGUUCGGAACCCUUCGCCAUGCUGGACUGAGUGCAGCCAAUGACGAGGAUGUGAUUCUCCAGACUCAAAGUCUUGUUCAUGAGAUCGGACCUGGGCCCAAGGCCCUCAUCACCAAGAUCCAUGGCCUAGCCGAGCGUACGUAUGCGAGGAAGAUACGCCUGCCUUUGGAGCCUCUUGACGACGAGGCGCCUCUUUCCGAAGACGAUAUCCGCAAGGCCCCCGAGGAUGAAGACGAGGAGUCCGAACCGGAAGAAGCCAUGGACGACGAGCGCCUGCGGUCGAGCAUUGUAGCAGAACAACGGCUGUGCGAACUGACCGGCAAAAUUGUCCUAGCCAUCGUAGGUCGCAUAAUCGACGCUUCCGGGUCAGACAGUGGCGAGCUGAGGCAGAAACUGCUCAAACAAAGAUCUCAGCUGGGUCGAAACUACCGUGAAGUCCUCGCCUACCUUGGAGACCGUAAGCCCAAGAGUGCCGCAACGCGGGCCGCCCCCGCCAGGAGUAAACAAUCCGCGGCGCGAGGCAAAGGCCAGAACGGCGCCGGCGCCAGCAAGCGAUCCGGAGACCACAAAUCCGCCGAACGUAUAGACGACGAAGAUGACGACGAUGAGCACGGCGGCGACUCUCCCAUCGAGGACGACGACGAGGAGGACCUACGAGCUCGAGGCCUUCUUGAGGAGGAAGACAUCGACCAAGACCACGACGAGGAGGAGGAAGAUGAGAACCCAGCUGGUCCAGAUCCAGACGAGGACGACGUUAUGGGUGAUUAGUUCGAUUGAUCUGAUAUAUGCAUGUCUUUCCUUUAUUGUUGAUUUUUCCGGAUGAAAACUAGGGAAGGCAAAUUCACGGUUCCUUACUACUUACUAACUAUUACUUCUUUGAUUCGAUUAUGACUUUUUUUUUUCUUUCUUCCACCUUUCUGUCUUUCCAACCAGCUGGGCCUUUCCCCUGCAUCUUAUUUUCUGUUGUUAUGUAGCUCGAUAUCACACUACUCUUCUAUUACUGCAAACCUUUCAUGAACAGGAGUUAUUCGCCGUCUUUUCAAAUCAAUCCACCUCUGACUCAAUCUCUUAAGAUCAUUAAUAUAGUAUCAUAUAUUGCCAUCGACUCGAACUGAAUCUUACACAUAUAUUGAUACCUCGUUUCUUUCAAGUUCACUUAGUGUUUACCUGAAUACGAUUCUACCCGUGCAUGUUAGUAUCUCCAGUUUAUAUAUCGC